AUGGCCCGUCGCAUCAUCCACAGCCUCAACGCGCGCACCGUACUACACAAGAAUUCUGACCCCAACCGACUUGCACUCUCUCCGACACACUCCCCGUCCAUUCUCCUAUCUGAUACCACCAAUCACCAAUUCGUAUCACGACGACGACGACAUGAGGCAAUCAUGUUAGACGAAAAUCUACCCACCUUCUUCCUCAAGCCCUCAGCCGACAAGCUCAAGCACCACGAGUCCUUUUACUUUACACAAAACGGCUCCGACCCAGAGGCCCAGUAUGCCCUCCACCACGUCGAUCCGGCCUCGAAUGCCGCCAAAAACACGUACGCGGUAGCCCUCUUCGACUCGCAUCACCCAGACAUCCUCUACGGCGAGGUGCUUGCAAAGCCAGGCUGGUCACACCCCACACUGUCCCAAGACGAGAUUCGCAGGAAUGGCGGGCUACCACCCCCGCCCCAGCCCAUCUACCCGACCGAAUUCGCCAUUCAACUCUACAACCCCGACCUGCAGGUCUUGGUCAAGCAGCAGACGUCCAAGUGGAGUAGCACCGUCAGCUGGGAAUUCAGCAUACCCCAAAUCACCUUCCGCAUGCCCAGCAAUUCCGACCUCGACCGAGUCAAGACAGACCCAGCUGCAGAUGUAAACACGCCCAGGAUCAAGUUUGCUUGGAGGAAGGAGGGCAGGAUGGGCAAAGACAUGACCUGUUACAUGACGGGCAAGUCGACAGACCCAACGGGCAAGAAGGCCAAAAAGAGCAAGGAGCCAGACAUCACAGUCGCCCUCUUCUCUGGUCUGCGGGAGAUGACCAUCAUGGAGCCCAACCUGUAUCGCAUUGAGAUUGAAGACUACAAGGGACUCGAGGUCGCCCUGUUGCUUGGUGCAGCCGUCAUUCGUGAUCUCUUCUUCAGUGACCCGACCGAGCAGUUCCACAUCAACAGCAGCAGCAUGCGCAAGAACAGCACUGGUUUGCGCACCCGCAAGAGCUCGUCCCCACACGAAGGCCCCGGCAUUACACCGCCCGUCAUGACACCGCAGCCCCCUCCACCAACAGCUUACACUGGCCCUUCACAGUAUCCACCGGAAAAGGCUCCCCUCCAGCCCACCAGUAAUGCAGCUCUCAAUGCUCAAGCACCCCCGCCCUUGUACAGCAGCAGAAAUGCUGCCAAACGAUCUUCGCUUCCACCUCUUGCGACUAACCAAGCUGGCGAUAAUCUGCCACCGUCACAAGCACCGAUUCAGCCCCUGCGACCCAUGAAAUCUCAACCACAGCACCAACAAACCAAGCAAGGUCUCCAACUGGACCCUCGUGCGCAAUGGGAAAUUGAUGCAGAGACUGCCCGCCUAAAAGCCGAGGUAGAAGCAGAAGCACAUGAGCAGAAACGGAGAGAGGAGGCCAACCGCAAGACCCGACGAAAGCAAGAGCAAGAAGAAGAGCGCAAAACCAGGCAAUUCCUCGAGCAAGAGCGCAGGCAAAAAGAGCAAGAAGAAAAGGAGCGACGGCGAAAACAAGCCGAAAUCGACAAGGAGACGGAACGGCUGCGCAAACAGUUUGGCGAUCAGAGUAACUUGCUCCGCCCCUCGCCGCAACCCCAACAUCAACGUCGUUCUGAACCACUCAUACCGAGCCGCUGGCAAGAGCCACAGCGGCAGCCGACUUUGCGCCCUGCACCUUUACCCGCACAUCCACCGCGACAUCAGAAUACCCGCCCUGCGCCUGUACCCGCACAGCCGCCAAGGGUGCAAUUCCAGCUUCCGUUCGCACAAGCUCCCUACCUGAAAUCAAACGGACAUCGUCCCGCUGCCAGCCAGAGUAGCUUCUUUAAUAAAGACUCACUGAAACCUGUAGCCAUGGCCAAGAAGAGUUUUUGGGGACUGCGCGCACAAAGCGAGACGAAUGCAGAGAAACUGAAGAAGAAAAAGAGUAGCAUGUUUUGA